AGCUCCUGUGCAGACACAACAAAGCAGGGAGUUCGGAGAGCCAGAGGAAUUGUCCCUGUGAAGGUACUCACAGAGGCACCUUGCUCUUCAGUGUAAAGGGCCCAUUCCUCACAGAGCAGGGCACCCUGAUGACCUUUGCUCUCUGGUUUAUGUCACUGGGUGCUGGUAGCUGCAGGGACCUGGCUCUGCACUGCCUCAUGCUGGCAGCCAGGAGCCAGGGAACUGGCACAUCGGGCACCAGGCCCCCAACAUAGGCCUCCUGCUCUUUGACCCCUGCCCCUCCCUCUCACCUACCCUCCUUCCCUGAAGGCCUCACCCUCAGUUCUCUGGUGCCCUUGCCCCGACUGGCGGUCCCUGCCAGCUCCUUGUUCAGGCCAGUCCUUCCAUGCCUUCUUCCAGCCCCGCUUCCUGCACGUCUCCCCAGCCAGACGGGGAGAACCCUGGUAAGAAGGUGCAGUGGGCUCCCAGGGGGAGGAGAAGGAUAUCGUCCUCAGACUCUGAGGGACCCAAGGACCUCUCCAGAGUAGCCAGGUCCCGGAGGCCCAGCCGGCUGACGGUGAAGUAUGACCGUGGGGAGCUCCAGCGCUGGCUGGACGUGGAGCAGUGGGCUGAUGCACAGAUCCAGCAGCUCUUUGAGCAGGACCAGCCCACUCCUAGUGAGAUUGAUUUAGAGGCACUCGUGGACCUGUCCACAGAGGAGCAGAAGACUCAGCUGGAGGACAUGCUCCGGAGCUGCCCCCGCCCCACAGAGUCUUUCAUCUCAGAGCUGCUCAGUCAGCUCAAAAAACUCCGGAGACUCAGCCGUCCUCAGAAAUGAACCCCAGAAGAACCACUUCAGUGGCUACUGCACCACAAGGCUCAUCCUGCCCCUCUGCAGGCUGGGAUGAGCAGGAAACCAGUCCUGAUGACACAGACAAGGAAGGUGGAGGCCAAGAAAGGCACAUUUAAACAACCCAUUUAUGUGACAGUGAGUUCAGGGAGCCCGUCAUGGAUGCUGUCCAACCCUUGUCUUUCUCAAAUGGAUAAAACCUGUAGGGAUCUUGUUAAA